AUGCCAUCUCUUGAACCAAUUACCCCUACGAACCAGCUAGCCGAUGCAGGGUCCGACGACGGAGUCGACCCGGAGCUGGUGGAGCUGCUUCGCCAGCACUAUGGGCUGGGUGGGAAGCCAAACAAGGCUGCGCCGCCAGAGACGAAAGUGUUAGAGAGUGCUCAAUAUGUCUUUGACAAUUCUAUUGAUGUGGCACUUAGCCUGACUCAUACUAAAGACGCCGCUGAGUUAAUAUGGCGGUUGAUGCAGAAGAAGGCAUACUCCACACAGACAUGGUCGGAACAUGAGCUGCAUCCCAAGAGCAAAGACGAGAGUACAGUGGACUUCAUUUUCACCAUGGAUCUUCUGAACUUUAGUUUUUGGUCGGAGGAGAAAGACGAGUCCAAGCGAUUUGCAAUUGAGUACCGCGACAAGAAAUGGACGGGAUAUUGGAGUCUGGUGGCUGCUCUUCAAAGAGCGCUUGAUGAAGUUGAGACUGACCAUGAGCUUGCAGAUAUCCCCAUCACUACCCCGGACUUCUGGGUCAAUGAGUCAGAAUGCACGGAGGAGCUAUUGAGACAUGUUUUCCGCUCUUCCACGGACGAGGAGAUUCCCCUCUUUGAAGAAAGGGUCAAGUGCUUGCGCGAAGCAGGUGAGGUGCUGUGCAAUGAAUUCGAAGGAAGUUUCUCAACCUGCAUUGAGGACGCCAACUACUCUGCCGCCGGUCUUGUUAACCUUCUCACCGAGUCAUUUGACUGUUUCCGGGACGAGACAGUCUUCAACGGAAAGCGUGUAAGGCUGUAUAAACGAGCCCAGAUUCUCGUGGCAGAUCUAUGGGCCUGCUUUAAUGGCGAGGACUUUGGAAAGUUUGACGACAUUGAUAAGAUCACCAUGUUUGCGGAUUAUCGUAUUCCACAAAUGCUGCACCAACUAGGAUGUCUGCGCUACUCUCCUCCACUGGAGAGCCACAUCCGCAGCCUAAAGCCUUUAACACCAGGUUCGAACUGGGAAGUUGAGCUACGUGGAACAAGUAUCUGGUGUGUAGAGCUGAUCAAGCGCGAGAUUGAGAAACGGCAUCCAGAGGUUAAAACAGCCGGCAAAUCUGACAAGAUCAACGGCUCCAACGAGAACGAAGAGCCCACUGAAAGCGAGGAGGUCGAAGGCCCAAUUGAAGAAGAAGACACCAAAUCGAACAAGACAUAUGGGAUCAAUGCGAUUCUCAUAGAUUUCUUUCUCUACGAUACCAUGAAGAAUUUGGAGGCAGAGCAUAAUGAGGGCAUUCCUCACCAUCGAACACGCAGCAUUUGGUACUAA